AGUGCCCUAUUACCGCCUAGGCCAACAUAGGCCAUGGCCUAGGGGCGGCAAAAUUUUAGGGGCGGCAAAUUUUUCGGUGAAUAAAAAAAAAUUCUUUAACUCCUCUACGAAAAUGUAGAAAUAGCCAUCUUCGAAAAUUUCGCCCAUUUUUUCAUUACCGAUGUAUAAUUCUUUUGAAUGGAAGAUAGAAAUAUUGUUGCAUUUUUCACACCCCUCGGUAAUCUGAAAAUCAAAGGAGCCGCCCUAAAACCGAACAGCAGUCGGCACUGUCGGCGGUUAAGCGCAUCAAAGAGAACGUGGAAAACCUAUCCUAUCGUAAAUUGUAAUUGCUACUAAUAAAACACGGAUUACUGUCAGGGAAAUCAGAGGACUGGCAUAAUAUUUAAAAUAUGAAUGCGGCACGUUUGAUGAGUUGCCCUAGUAGGUAUUAUUUUCAAUGGAUGCAAGUAACUAGUUAAAUUUUUUGCGUGAAUUUCGGAAUCGGCACUGGCAGCUCGUCAGUCCUAUUUUUCCGUCCAUGCAAUACACUCAGAAUCGAGAACUAACCACUAUAGAGUUGUCGCCAGUCAUUUUUAAACAUUGCUAGUGCAAUUUUUAGUAUAAAUAAAUUUUGUGGGAACUUAUCUUCAGAUCUACUUGUUCAUUCUUUUUUUCGCAAUGUCAAGAAAACAUGAAAGUGGUUGUGAAUAUAGAAAACGAGCAAAGGAAAGAUCAGAAAAAAAUGAGGAACUGGUGAAGAAGAUUCCCAAGAUUGACACCUUUUUACAAAAAGGUGAUAAAAAACAAAAAGUGGACUCGACAGAGCUGAGUGAAAUUCAACAAGAAUUCGAUCAACAUUCAACAAGUGGUAACAACACAUCAAACAAAGCUGAAAGCAUUAUGGAGAUUCCGGAACAAGUGGAAUCUUGUGAAAAUCCGAAAAAAGCUUUUCCAGAAAUUAGCGGCAGUUCAGAUAACUUCAGUGAUGAUCCAGCUCUGUGGGAUGAAAUAACAGAGGAGUUGAGGCAGAAUUUUAUCAAUCGUGGAAUUAAACAAAAUAUUGAUUUAUUAGAUUUUGAAGCUUCAAGAAGGAAUUACAAUGAUCGCGUUCGAUAUUGUUCGAAAGGAUUGUUUAAAACCCGAUUGAAAAAUGCCGAGACUCACACUCGCGAUUUCUUGAUUUACUCUGCCAGCACAGGACGUCUCUACUGUCUGCCAUGCCGUUUAUUCAAUGGAAAGGUCCAUUUGCAUCUACCGGAUUUAAUGAUUGGAAAAAUCCUAUUAUUAUUGAACAGCACGAGAAUUCACAGAAUCACAAAAAUUGUGUCCUAAUUUUACUCCAAAGGCAAAAAGCAGCUGACCAGGUAGAUGCACUUCAUGUUAAAGAAUACAAGCGGGAAGUACAGUACUGGAGAGAAGUUUUAAAGAGAGUUGUUGCAGCGAUCAAGGCAUUGGCAUCAAGAGGACUUUCAUUCAGGGGUUCGACGGAAGUAUUUGGUAGUCUACAUAAUGGCAAUUAUAUGAUGCUAUUAGAAUUUCUAGCUGAAUUUGACCCUUUUCUUGCUGAUCACAUUGAAAAGCACGGAAAUCAAGGCAGAGGGAACGUAUCUUACUUGUCAUCAUCGAUUUGUGAAGAAAUUAUCCAAAUUAUGGCUACAGAAGUUCUAAAAUCAAUUGAUCAGGAAGUUACAGAAGCCAAAUACUAUUCAAUAAGCGUAGACUCCACACCAGAUAUAACGCAUACCGAUCAACUGGCUUUUAUUACUCGCUAUAAUAAAGAAGACGGAAAACCAGUGGAAAGAUUUUUAGGAUUUAUACCAAAUCCGGGACACAAGGCUGAAGACCUUUAUAACGCUGUUAUUAAAAUGAUGGAGGAGCAUAAUUUCAAUUUUGCGAAUUGUAGAGGUCAAUCUUAUGACAAUGCGGCAAAUAUGUCAGGAAUAUAUAAUGGACUGCAAGCAAAAAUAAAAGAAAUCUCUCCUUUGGCAUAUUGGAUCCCAUGCACGGCUCAUUCGCUGAACCUCGUCGGAGAACACGCUGCUGGAUCGUUGAAACGAUUAUCUACAACUCGCUGGUCGGCGAGAUAUGAAGCUUGCAACAGCAUGAACCAAAACUGGAAAGAAGUUGUCGCAGCUUUGAGUGAAAUUGAUGAGCGGGACAGGUCUAAGACUGGGAGUGGAGCAAAAGGAUUGAAAAUCAAGCUAACAUCUCUGGAAACCGCAAUUAUGUUCGCUGUAUGGAGUCCAAUUUUGGAAAGAUUUGAUAAAGUGAGCGAAGCAAUACAGAAAGUUGGCAUUGGUAUAGAUGAAGUAGUUUUGAAUUAUGAGUCAUUGGUUGAUUAUAUCUUAGGAUUAAGAGAUCAAUUUGAUCGAUUUGAGAAAAAGCGAAGAUCAGUUCUGGAUUUGAGAAAUAUCGAAGUGAAGAAAGAAGAGCCACAACAAGAACUGUUCCUGCUGAUGAAACUCGAUUCUGAAGAAUUAGGAGUAGCGGUUACUAAUCUCAUCUCUAGUUUUCCUCAGGAUUUAGAUGAAAAACUCCACGAUGAAUGUUUGCACUUCAAAUCCUACUUAGGACAGUUAGAACAACCUCCAAAAACUCUACACGAGAUGAGUACCUUCAUUAGAAGUGAUAAAAGCUUAGUGCAAGUGUUUCCCUACAUCGAUAUUACAAUUAGAAUGUUUUUAUGCACUUUUGCAACGAACUGUUCAGCAGAGAGGUCGUUUUCAGCAUUGAAGCGAAUUUUAUCCUAUUUGCGAUCUAGCAUGUCUCAAGAGCGUUUGAAUUCUCUGGCCGUUUUGUGCAUUGAAGCUGAAUUGUUGAAAAAAUUAGACUUCGAAGCUGUGUUGCAACAAUUUGCGGAAAAGAAGAUAUGCAAGAGAGUUCCUGUGACAACCAAGAUCAGACAAGGAUACAGCCUCAGCCCGAUUUUGUUCAGCAUCAAAAUAGAUGAGACAAUGAAAGACGUGAAGCAAACUGGAAGAGGAUGCCGAAUGAGAAGCGAAAAUAUAAAAAAAGUAUAUUAUGCUGAUAAUUCAGUGAUUAUGUCAGAAGACAAAGAUAAUCUACAAAGGCUUCCAUUAUGUGUUCCAAUGAACAGCCAACACUUACAAAUAUCUGAAAAGAAAACAAAUAUUUUACGGUAUUUAGAGAUGCGAGGAGCGGUAAAAUAG